CGGUCCGUCUCUUCUUUCUCCAGCGUCAUCAACUUCCAUGCACGACCGGCUGGAAAGCGCGCGAAAAUCCAGCAGAGCAGACGCCUGUCGUUCUACCGCCGAGGCUCCGCUGCCGGAGCAGCAUGGGGAAGCAGAAGCAGCAGGUGAUCUCUCGCUUCUUCGCCCCCAAGCCAAAUUCACCAGCCCCACCUCCACUUUCACUCGAUCCCAUCGCAUCUCCUCCGCCGCCGCAGCCCAAAAUCUCCGCCACCGUCUCCUUCACCCCCUCCAAACGCCGCCUCUCCUCCCACCUUACCCCGCCCCGCAAAGCUCCGAAGCUCUCCGCUCACCCUCCACCCUCCGCUGAACCUGAUCCCUCCUCCCCCGACCACCCUCCGACCACCUCGGCACCCACUCCCACUGAGCCCAGAAACUACACGCCCUUAGAACAGCAAGUGGUGGAACUCAAAUCAAAGUACCCUGAUGUCCUAUUAAUGGUCGAGGUCGGAUAUAAGUACCGCUUCUUCGGCGAGGACGCAGAAGCCGCUGCUAGGGUUCUGGGAAUUUAUGCCCACAUGGACCACAAUUUCAUGACCGCUAGCAUCCCGUCGUUUCGGUUGCACGUUCAUGUCAGGCGACUUGUGAAUGCGGGCUACAAGGUGGGUGUCGUUAAGCAGACCGAGACAGCGGCUAUCAAGGCCCAUGGAUCGAAUCGUGCAGGUCCAUUUGGCCGCGGGCUGUCUGCCUUAUACACAAAGGCUACGCUUGAGGCGGCCGAGGAUUUGGCUGGAGUUGGGGAGGAGGGAUUUGGUGCGGAGAGCAGGUACUUGGUCUGUGUUGUGGAGAGGAGUUUGAAUGUUGCUGGGAAGAGUGAUUUGGAACGCGGAGUGGAAAAGGAGAACAGGUCCGACGUGAGGAUCGGGUUUGUUGGGGUUGAGGUUUCAACGGGAGAGGUAGUCUAUGGGGAGUUUGAUGAUGAUUCAAUGAGGAGCGGGUUAGAGGCUGUUGUGUUGAGCUUGUCCCCUGCAGAGUUGCUGAUUGGGAAUCCACUUUCAAAUCCAACAAAAAAGCUGUUGCUAGCCUAUUCGGGCUCUGCCUCAAGUGUACGCGUGGAGCAUAAGCCACGAGAUUGCUUUGAGGGUGGUGGUGCACUUGCAGAAGUAGUGACAUUAUACGAGAAGAUAAAAGGAGAUGAAAAAUCAAAUAAUCGAGGAGAGGAGGAAGAGCCACAGAAUGACUGGUCUGCAAUUGAGGUAAUAAUGAAUAUGCCAGAUUUGGCAGUCGAAGCACUGGCCUUAACCAUUCGUCAUCUGAAACAAUUUGGUUUUGAAAGGAUUCUGUGCCUCGGAGCUUCUUUUCGGCCCUAUUCAGCCAAGAUGGAGAUGAGUCUUUCAGCAAAUGCUCUUCAACAGUUGGAGGUUCUGAGAAACAACUCUAAUGGCUCUGAAGCUGGCUCCUUACUUCAGAUCAUGAAUCAUACUCUAACUGUUUACGGCUCACGGCUUCUUAGGCAUUGGGUGACUCACCCUCUGUGUGAAAGAAGCAUGAUUUCCGCUCGGCUCGAUGCUGUUACUGAGAUUGCAGAAUCUAUGGGGUCUUAUAAAUCUACACCUAGUGCUAAUGAACUUGACAAAAGAGAUUAUAGAGAAGAAGUCGCACAACCUGGCCUUAGUUGUUUACUUUCUUCAGUUUUGACCACUUUGGGAAGGUCUCCCGAUCUUCAACGUGGUAUAACCCGAAUCUUCUAUCGCACAGCCACUGCUUCAGAGUUCAUUGCAGUCAUGCAUGCUGUAUUAUAUGCGGGCAAACAACUUCAGAAACUUAAACUAGAGGAAGAAUACAACAAUAAGAUGCUUCACUCGAGCCCGAUUCGCUCCAUUUUGAUAAGGAAGUUGGUAUUGACUGCAUCAUCUUCUAGCUUAAUCGCCAAUGCUGCAAAGCUACUUUCCUCUCUAGACAAAGAAGCAGCUGAUAGAGGGGACUUGCAAAACUCAUUGAUCAUCUCUGAUGGUCAAUUUCCAGAGGUUGCCAGAGCUCGAGCAGCUGUUCAGUCAGCAAUGGAGGAACUCGAUUCAUUGAUUUUCUUAUACCGAAAGCAACUUGGAAUGCGUAAUUUGAAAUUUAUGAGUGUCUCUGGAAGUACACAUUUGAUUGAGCUUCCAGUGGAUAGAAGGGUUCCCCUUGAGUGGGUUAAGGUGAACAGUACUAAGAAAACAGUCCGUUAUCACCCACUAGAAGUGCUGACUGCUUUAGACCGGUUGGCUUUGGUAAAUGAAGAGCUGAUGGUUGCUUGUCGAACUGCUUGGGAGAAUUUCUUGGAAGGAUUCAGUAAAUACUAUGCGGAGUUUCGAGCUGCUGUUCAGGCUUUAGCUGCUUUGGACUGUCUGUACUCACUAGCUAUUCUUUCUCGGAAUAAGAAUUAUGUUUGUCCAAUUCUCAUGAAGGAUGAGGAUCCUGUGCAACUGCAUAUUUCUUCUGGACGUCAUCCCGUUUUGGAGACAAUAUUACAAGACAGUUUCGUCCCAAACGACACAAAACUGCAUGCAGAUAGAGAAUUUUGUCAGAUUGUCACUGGACCCAAUAUGGGCGGUAAAAGCUGUUACAUUCGUCAAGUUGCUCUGAUAGCUAUUAUGGCUCAGGUUGGCUCCUUUGUACCGGCAUCAUCAGCAAAACUUCAGGUGCUUGAUGGUAUUUACACCCGGAUGGGCGCCUCUGACAGCAUCCAGAGAGGUCGGAGUACUUUCCUCGAGGAAUUGAGCGAGGCCUCUCACAUACUUGACAAGUCCACAUCUCACUCCCUUGUGAUCAUCGAUGAGUUGGGAAGGGGGACGAGUACUCAUGAUGGAGUAGCGAUCGCUCAUGCAACACUGCACUAUCUUCUAAAGGAGAAACGGUCUCUGACCCUCUUUGUGACGCACUACCCGAAGAUUGCUGAUAUUCAAAUAGAAUUUCCUAUUUCUGUGGGCGCCUAUCAUGUUUCGUAUCUGACUGCGGAAUCAGAUUCCAGUGAUGGAGGAGAUGUGACUUAUUUGUACAAACUAAAGGUCGGUAUCUCAGAACGGAGUUUCGGGUUUAAGGUCGCAGAGCUCGCACAGGUACCACCAACAUGUGUUAGUCGGGCGGCUCUAAUGGCCGCAAAGCUUGAGGCAGUUGUGAGCAGCAGAUUAAGGGACAGGUCAGUGGGAAGAGUGGUCGAGUUCGGGGGAGAUUGCAUCGUUAAAAGGUCAAAACCUCCCGGAGGAGGAGGGAUAGAGGAUUUGGAGGAAUUAUCUACCGUGUUGGAAGAGGUCUUUUCAAACCUGAAGCCCGCUUUAGGGGGUAAAGAUCCCACAGAGAGACUCGAGUCCUUGGUUCGUGCAAGAAAUCAUUCCAAGGAAUUGGUAUCAACCCCCUGAUUCAAGGUAAAUGCCAACCAAAAUCAUGAGAAUCUACCUCGCCGCUGGAACUGAUUCAUCAUCAAUCAUUAAGUUUUCGAUAAUUUUGUAAUUUAUAGCGCUCCAUCAUAAUUUUUGUUGAUUUUAGCUGGGUGUCUAGUGUUCGAUUCAACUAAAUCGUUUUGUGUAAAACUAUUGUAUCUGGGUAUUGCAGUUGAUUGGAUCCAACUUGUGCCGUAAUCAAUGCCAAAUGGUAUUCAUGUCU